AUGCGCGAACGUGGCGGUCAUCGCGCAUGCGCGCAAGUAAUAGUCUUUACGCAUGCGCAGUACGACUGGCUAGCUGGCUUCAGGAGAAUGCUUUUGUGCUGGCUGACUGGAGGGUGCCUGUUGCUCGCUGCAGGCGUUGGAGGCUUGCAGCAAUACCAGCCCAAUUGGGCUUCCCUCGACAGCAGACCUCUGCCGAGUUGGUACGAUGAGGCCAAGGUGGGGAUCUUCAUCCACUGGGGCCUGUUCUCUGUGCCGAGCUACGGGGGAGGGAAGAGCGGCUGCGAGUGGUUCUGGGAGAAUUGGGUCGGUCGCAAGGAUCCCUGGAUCGUCCACUUCAUGCAGAGGAACUAUCUGAAGACUUUCACAUACCCUGACUUUGGUCCACAGUUCAAGGCCGAGCUGUUUGAUCCGCAGAAGUGGGUGGACCUGUUUGAAAGAGCAGGAGCAAAGUACAUUGUGCUCACUAGCAAGCACCACGAGGGAUGGGCCAACUGGCCUUCAAACGAGGCUUGGAACUGGAACUCCGUGGACAGUGGACCUCAGAGAGAUCUUGUCGGAGAGUUGGCGAAUGCCACUCGCAGCAAUUCGUCGCUGAGUCCGGUGAGGAGUGAGGUGGUGGUGAAUGACAGGUGGGGCAGUGACUGCAGCUGUACUCACGGAGGCUACUUUACCUGCCGCAACUGGAGGAAAGACAUGAGUCUGCACACUCACAAGUGGGAGUCCUACUACUCUGUCAUGGAGGGUUCGUGGGGCUACUGCAGGGACCACGACAUACGCAAAUAUCGCAACAUCUCCAUCAUCAUUUCGGAGCUUGUCACCGCUGUCAGGUACACUUGGAACGCUGUGAAUAAAUCAGUGUAUGCAAUUCUACUGGAGUGGCCUGUGAGCUACUCCGUGACUCUGGGAUCAGUACGUCCAGUUGCGGGGUCUCAAGUAUCUCUGCUAGGUCACAACGGGACACUGGCCUGGGGGACGAGCAGUCAAGGCUACGUUGUCGUCUCCCUCCCCUACCUUCCCUUGAACUCUAGUCUGCAGCAUGCCUGGACACUCAAAUUCACUUCUGUGUAUACUUGACAUGUUUUAAAGAGAAAUGUUUCAAACCAGAGAGCGACAGCGUGCAGUGAACAUGAACACGUACAGAAUUGACAACAGGGGGGGAGGAACAAAUACAAAAACACCCAAACAACACAAAAACACCCAAAACAACAAAAUCCACGUGCAACACACAGGAUCAGGAAGAGGUUUGCAGGAAAGGAGGGUCACCUAGCCCGCAGCUUAGUAGCCUUUCCACGCGUAGCUGUUCAUGAUCCCGCUCUGCUUGAGAGCACCUGUGCGCUGCGCAUCAGGGACCUUGGGGUUGGCCGUAACGGUGCUGAGUCGCUCCACGAUUGCAUCCACGUCAUCCUUGGACCCUUUCUGGUGCCCUAGACCUCUGUUGGUCUCCACGAUCGUCCCCCAACUCUCGUUCUUUGGAAGACGCCCGCCUUCGUAUGCAGAUUUCGGCCUCUCCUUCGUCGCCAUGGCUAGCUAUAUUAUAGCUCUCUCUAGAACAAACAGUGUACGCA